AUGUACGAAGAGAACAAAAAUUGGCAAGGAAUUCACUAUAAUUUAGGUUUAGCAUUAGCAACUGCCAUUACACAAGAAAAUCCACAAUCAUCUGUUUCUUAUUUAGCAUUAGCUGGUAAUUAUUUAACAGUUGCUAAAAGAUCUGAUAUUUCACUUUUAUUAAAUAGUUGUAAAGAUAGAUCAAUUGAUUUUGAUUUGGCUAAAUUAGUUGAAGUUAAAGAUCCAGAGAAACAAGAUCGUACCAUUUAUAUUACACCAUUACCAGGUACAGUUACAAGUCAACAAGUUAAAAGAUUAUUCUAUCAAAAUAGAUGUGGUGUCAUUUUAAAUGUUCACUUAUUGAAACAUAAAACUGUUGAAUCAUUCCAAUCUCAAACUUAUGCAUUUGUUGAAUUUGCUCAUCCAGAUUCAGUACAAUUAGCAAUGAGAUUACAACAUCAAAAUAAGAAUAUUAUUAAUAAUACUAAAGUUAGAAUUGCAAAGGCUGGUAUUCAAGGUUUACAAGAAGAAGCAACAAAGAAUAAACAACCAAAGGGACCACAAAGAACUACACGUGGUGCUAUUGCUACAAGAGGUGGUAGAGGUGGAAGAGGUGGCAGAGGUGGCAGAAGAGGUGGCAUGACUCAAAGAAGAAGAUAAGAUUUGUAUAUUGAGACAGCUGUGGAGGAGUAGUUUGUUUUCAUUCAAAGAUGUUUUUGAAUUUUUCUACUUCUAGAAUAAAUUAUUAAUUUGUUAA